AUGGGAAAAUAUUUGAAGGAAUUGGAACAUUUCCAGAACCUGAAAAGACGUGUUUUCAGGUCUGAACCAAUCCGAGUCCUUGUGACUGGAGCAGCUGGUCAAAUUGCAUAUUCACUGCUAUACAGUAUUGGAAAUGGAUCUGUCUUCGGUAAAGACCAGCCUAUCAUUCUCGUGCUGUUGGAUAUCACUCCCAUGAUGGGUGUCUUGGAUGGUGUCCUGAUGGAGCUGCAAGACUGUGCCCUUCCCCUCCUGAAAGAUGUCAUCGCAACAGAUAAAGAAGAGAUUGCCUUCAAAGACCUGGAUGUGGCCAUUCUUGUGGGCUCCAUGCCAAGAAGGGAUGGCAUGGAGAGGAAAGAUUUACUCAAAGCAAAUGUGAAAAUCUUCAAAUGCCAGGGUGCAGCCUUGGACAAAUAUGCCAAGAAGUCAGUUAAGGUUAUUGUGGUGGGGAACCCAGCCAAUACCAACUGCCUGACUGCCUCCAAGUCGGCACCGUCCAUCCCCAAGGAGAACUUCAGUUGCUUGACUCGUUUGGAUCACAACCGAGCUAAAGCUCAGAUUGCUCUUAAACUUGGAGUGACUUCUGAUGAUGUAAAGAAUGUCAUCAUCUGGGGAAACCAUUCCUCAACUCAGUAUCCAGAUGUCAACCAUGCCAAAGUGAAACUGCAAGGAAAGGAAGUUGGUGUUUAUGAAGCUCUGAAAGAUGACAGCUGGCUCAAGGGAGAAUUUAUCACGACUGUGCAGCAGCGCGGGGCUGCUGUCAUCAAGGCACGAAAGCUGUCCAGUGCAAUGUCAGCCGCAAAAGCCAUCUGUGACCAUGUCAGAGACAUCUGGUUUGGAACCCCAGAGGGAGAGUUUGUGUCCAUGGGCAUUAUCUCGGAUGGCAACUCCUAUGGUAUUCCUGAUGAUCUGCUUUACUCGUUCCCUGUUACAAUCAAGGAUAAGACCUGGAAAGUUGUUGAAGGUCUCCCUAUUAAUGAUUUCUCACGUGAGAAGAUGGAUCUUACUGCGAAGGAACUGGCAGAAGAGAAAGAAACUGCAUUUGAAUUUCUUGCCUCUGCAUGA